AUGAUUCCAUUUGAAGCUCUGAUCCCAUAUGCAAUCAUGUUUGCGGGAUUCUGUCUUGGUGGUGGUGUAAUGAACAGUGCCAUCACCGCUGAUAUCACCAAGAGAGCACGUGGUCCAAACCAAGAAAUUAAGAGAAACGUUGGCGAAGAUGAAGGCCCAAGGAACUACACAAAGCCUCGUUACAACACCGACCAAUGGGACAAAUAUUUUGCAGUCAGAGACCUGAGAUUGACCGGCUCUCUUAGAGGCCAAUCUGACAACGCCGUUGCUGAAGAAUCCUUCAAAACAAACUCCAUCCAACCUUACAGUAAUACUAGAAGACCAUGGGUGUUGAGAAGACAUAUCAUCAUGAAGAACUCUCCUACCAAGUGGGCUAGAAAAUACAGCAGUAGAAGAGACGAGAGAGAGCAAGAGAUUAAAGAUGACUACAUUAGAGGAAUGGGUGAACACUGA